AUGACAACAGCGCAAAUUAGAAUGCCUCGUUACAAUGAACAUCCACCGGAAAUGGAGAUCACUGGCUAUGUGGUUUUCUCAGCCUCCUCUGACGGAACCGAAAUAAAAUCCGCAGUGAUGAGGUCCCUCUACUUGCGACCAAGAGUAGAAAAAGGUGGUCUCAUGUAUGGCAGGGGAGAUGCAAACACAUGUGGGCGAUUUUUGCGAUGCGGUGCCGAGGAAAACGACGCGUUCUCCGGAAAAAUCAACGAGACUAUAGGCGAGGUUGACUUUCUUCUUCGUCAGGGUCCCGUUAUCGUUCUCUCUCUCUCGGGCCACUCCACAUGGGGUACUAGGCUUGCGCACCCAUCUCGUCAUGCGGUAUCUGUAUUUCGAGAUCUUUCGGAAAUUGACGAAACCAGAGUGACUUUCAAGCUCUACCCACCUGAUCUACCGAAAGAGGCAAUGCCGGAGACCCGACCAGUUGUGCGGAAGCUGCGGCCAAACGAAAUCCUUUUCGUGAAAGGGUCGGUCAGAAUGGGGAUAGAGGUUCCUACUAGGGGGUCUUUUGUCUGGCUAGGAAACAGUGGUGACCCAAUGGCGUUUGACAUGCUUGGCCCAGAGGUCUUUGAAUUCAUGGUGAUUUGA